GUACAGGUAUUUUCGUUUCCUUUGAAUGAAAACUGUCAUAAAAGAUGGCUCAAUGCAAUCCCUCGUAGUGAUUUAGUGGUUAAAAAAAACACCUGAGUAUGCAAACUUUGCUGAGGACAGCAUCAUUAUGGAAUCCACCUUCCAUGACGAAAAGACAGGACAUAUCAAGCAGAAGAAGCCGAGAUGAGAAAUUGAAGGACAAGGAACAAGAACUUAAAGCACUGCAGACUAGCAUUGGUGAUUAUUCCUGUUAUCAAAAAUCAACUUGUUUUCAAAAUUAUUCAGACUUUCUCACAGUUUUCAGUUCAUGGUAAUGUCCAUAUGGGUGGAAUGAAAUUGUUCAGGAUAAAGUUACUUUGUUUAAGUUAGAAUAUAAACCAGCACCCAUCAUAACUCCCUCUGUAAUUGUUGAU